CAGUAGAUGCUGGUGGUCCACGGAAAGAAUUUUUCAGAUUAAUGCUUCAAGAAAUUAAGAAAAAGUAUUUUGACAAUGGAUUUCGUGAUUUGAGAGCCAAUGUUUAUGUGUCCAUUGGAAAGUUAUUUGCCCUUAGCAUUCUCCAAAACGGAAAGGUUCCCCAAUUUAUGGAUACAGAAACCCUUGAUAAAAUUUUUGGCGAUGAACCCUUGAAUUUAGAGGAGAAUAGAUGCAUAUGCAGUUUAAAAGAAGGACUAGAUACUCUUGGUAUUGUCGAGGCUGUUAGAAAUUUGCCAACAUUGAGACAUAUCUUCAGCAACAAUUCACCAAGGCUAACCGUUAAAAAGCUCAUUCAAUUGCUGAAGCCAGAAUUUAGUGAAAGAGGUUCAAAUAGAUUAACACUGGAGAAGAAUGUGUAUUCAUCUUUCAUGAGAUACAUCAGGGAAGUUUCAGCUGGACGGAGAGGAACCUUAAAUCUAGAGAGUAUUUUAGAAUUUGUCACAGGAAAUGACCAAGAACCUCUCCUUGGUUUCGAAAUUGAACCAUCAAUUUUAUUUACCGAAUGCACAGAGUCCUUUCUACCUAUGGCAAACACAUGCAUCUGUAGAAUGACCCUUCCCAGAGGAACACAAUUCGUCACUCUACCAGAAGAUUUAUCACUAUUUGAAAUUUACGACUUAUCCUUCUCAAAUAAUUACUAUGGACUAAAAUGAUGUUGUAUUUGUUUUAUUAAUA